CCUUGAAAUGAGUCACGCGGCCAGUCUGUCUGUUGCUUCAUGAUACCCUCUCAACCCAGAGAAAAUAUCCUAAGUGUACACUUUUGUGCCGCGUGAGACAGGCAGCAGUGCAUUUAGAGCUGCCUGAGUCAACGAUAACAAGGGGACAAAAGGCAUAACCCCACGCUUUCUCCUCAUUAAACAAGGAUACCGACAUGGUCUCUUCUCGGUCCAGCUUGAAUGGGACAACCGAACUUUCUCCCUACCGUUCAAAGUCGUGCCAACCACGAAGCAACUUCUGCACAUCUCGUGUUUCCACACGCUAAUAGGCGGUAAUGAGGUCAGUUCAAGGCGAUGCGAAUGCAGCGUUCUUUCACAUCCUCGAUCGAUCUCGAACGAACAGUAGCUAUCCAGGGGGAUACAUGGCUCCCGAAAACGAUGAAAAUGGCUAUUAUGGCCGGCGUGUAGAGUCAGACGACAGUGAGGGCAACCAUAGUGGAAGUUAUACAAACAACGAAGACAGCGACGAAGAGAAUGGUGGCAAUGAGAAUGAGGACGAGGAUGACAGCAGUUCGGAUAACGAUGACGACAACCGGGAAGAUGAUGAGGGCAACGAGAAUGCCGCGGAUGGGGCUAGUCCUGAGUACGCUGAGAGUGUUGAUAAUGGUAAGGUCUUUCACAACUACAACAUACCUCGUGGCUAUAACAAUUAUAUCAAGAUGACGAAGACAACGAUGGGUCGACUUGGGCACACAAUGACCCUUUAGAGGAGCGAUCUCCAUUGUCGCCUCAGGCGCCUUGGAAC